CGCGGAUGCACCAGGCACGGGCGGCGUUUUAAGUGAUUGUGCGACGGAUUUUAAAACGUGAAUUGUGCUUUAAAAUAGCUUCGCAUAAGCUGAUGAGGUCGUUCUUACCGAUUGCCGUACGCCAGCAGAAUGGAUUUCCAAAUAGAGAGCGAAGCGGCGACCAAACUAAUCGUCCACAUGAGUGCGCUUUCGCUGGCGCUGAGCGCUUCAUUUUUUAGCUUCCUGUUGCACACUAACCGGCUGUACGAAAUGGGAAAGUUGAACACAUCGGCCCUGCUGCUACUACUUUUGCCAGCCUUGGAACUGCUGAAACAUUUCUACGCAACGCACGCAUUUCACCUUGAUGGCACUGCACUGAUGGGAGUGGGCGGAAGCGCCACGGGAAAAAGUCACUCGAGCAAAACAUCCGCCCGAUUCUACUUGAAGGAACUGUACCACUCGAUCGUAUUGCUGGCGAGCACCGUCCUGUUCUAUUCCUUCAUCUGCAUCGUGCUGGGGGCGAGAGUGCAAGAGUACGAGGAGACAAUUUGCCUGGCUCUCACGAUGACCACACUUACGGUUUUCCCGAUGUUACUGCUCAUCGGACAAGCGAAAACCUAUUCGUUCUUACUUUCGGAAUCGGUAGUACUGCGGUGUCCGCGUACCCACAGUUACUUUAAUCAUCUCAAGGAAAACUGUGUUGGCGUGCUGCUGGGUGCAUGGUGUGCAUCGGUGGUUGCUCCCCUGGACUGGGAUCGACCGUGGCAGGUCUACCCGAUACCGAAUUACGUCGGUUGCAUCGUUGGUCAGUUUGGAAUAAGUGUGUACAGCCUGUUCAACACGAUAUACAUCCGAUAUCACCGGGAUCGGCAUUCGAAAAUUGUGUAAAAGGGACACAUCGUCGUGUUGCAUUCGCUCCCAAAGAAGGACAUCCUCUAGUCCAAACUGUAUUAAGUAAAUAAAGCGAGUAAUAAGCGAAAUAAUGCGAAUCAAU